GGACACAAGGCGGGAAACUGUUCAGCGGAAGAGCCCUAGCGAAAAAGUUCAAUCUCUAUUCCUGAAUCCUGCGAUUCGGCAGUUUUAUCAGUCGCGAGCUCCGAUUCCAUAUAAGGCUUCGUCACGAUAUUAAUCAGUGAGCGAAAUAUUCAUAUUCGCUUUGAUUUCUGUAAUUUUACUGAAAUUCUAGUAAUGGAAGAAACUGGGAUAAAUGGAGGAGCUCAAGCAGUUAUAAAUCUGGGAAUUGGAUCUUCGGUGCCAAUUUCGUAUCAUUCAUGUUUUGGGCCUCAUGAGGAUCUACUUCUUCUUGAAGCUGAUAACAAUCUUGUCUCAGAUAUCUUCAAUGGAAGGGUAACCUUGAGGGGACUUCCUGAUGAAGAUGCCGUUCUCUGCAUCAAGUCUAAGACUUAUGCAAUCAAAUUUGUUGGUAAUUCCAAUUCCAUGUUCCUUAUUCCUCCAUCAAUUUGCCCCGGUUUCCUCGAAGAUUCACAUGUUUCCGGUUCGAACGAUAAUGGUAAAGUGUCUGUCAUCAAAAUUGCUCCUGGUAACAUGGAGCUUGUUGAGGUUUCUCCUAGGCUUGACAAACUCAAGCAGCUUCUCUUGGAAAACCCUUUUGGUGCUGGUGAAGUAGAAGCCAUGAUGGAUGAUGACGACUCGGACCAUAACGGAAAGAGAGAUCUAGCGUUAUACACAUGGAGAGAUUUGGUUAACACAAUUCAAGCCAGCGACGAAGAAUUACGCAAUGGCUUGCAGAGUGUUUCCGCUAUUGAGAUUGAUGGUUACUGGAGGGUUGUAGAUGAGAAUUACCUAGACAUGAUUCUGAGAAUGCUCCUUCACAACUGUGUACUGAAAGAUUGGUCAUUUGAUGAACUCGAUGAAGAGGAUGUCGUGAGUGUGUUAGUAGCUGAUGAGUUCCCUAGUAAACUCGCGAGUCACUGCUUGAGCGUAUUUGGCUCUAAGGUAAACGAGACUGAUAAGUGGAAGCUGGAACCGAGGCUGGUAUGCGUGCACUUUGCUAGACAGAUACUGAGAGAGGAGAAGAUGAGACUGGAGAGUUUCAUGGAAGAGUGGAAGAAGAAGAUUCCAGAAGGUAUGGAAGGAAGGUUUGAGAUGCUUGAAGGAGAGGUUUUAACAGAGAAAAUCGGGAUCGAGACACGGGUUUAUACAUUCAGUGUACGUUCUCUCCCAUCAACUCCAGCAGAACGGUUCUCUGUGCUCUUUAAACAUAGACCAAAAUGGGAGUGGAAAGACUUGGAGCCUUACUUGAGGGAUCUUCAUGUUCCUAGAGUUUCUAUGGAAGGUUUGCUUCUGAAAUACACACGCAGAGCACAACCUAGAGCUGAUGCACAGCCUGUCUUUAGUGCAAGAUAGAUAGAUUCUCUAUUUCUAAAGUUUCAUCUUUGU